AUGAAGCUUCUAAUUGCUUCAACCUGUCUCAUAUUUGCUCUAGCUUCUGCUAGUAAUAUAGAUAAUAUUAUUGACGAAGUAAGUUGAAAUGUGUCACUUUUAUCCUCAAAGAGCGAGUUUUAUUCGCAGGACUUUGCUGAAUUCGAAAAAUAUGAGGCUAAAUUGAAAUCGAAUGAAAUGAAAAGCAACGAUGAGAAAGAAUUCAAAAUCGAAAGAAAAUCAAUGAAACAGCUUUUUGUCGAUGCUGCCAAAAGACGCGAGAAAACACGAGAACGCGUGGCAGAACUCAUUCCAAAAAUUGAAGAAAUUAUGGCUGAUGAGGAGAUGAGUUGGGAAGAAAGUGUAAUGACAGCACGAGAUAUGAUGUGGGAUGAAACAUGGAGUGUCUAUGAAUCGAUUUGCGCAAUGUACCCAUUUGUCGCUGAUAAACCAAUUCGAAAAAUCAAUUUGAGAGGAAGAGGACGUCGUCAUAUUGGAGAUGGUGCUCGACCAAAGCCAAAUCAUGAUAUUGGAAGAGGAGCUGAACCACACAGAAGUUAUGCUGCUUACGGAAAUGCGAAUGAGAGACCACGUCAUAAUCAAGGGGGGCAUCAAGGAGGUCACCACCAAGGGGGGAAUCAUGGGGGACACCAUCAAGGAGGAUAUCGAGGUCCAACUUACAUGUAA